CCUCAAUUAGUUUGUUUUUCCGAUUCCGAUCAGAAGCACGCGUUUCUCGUCCCACGCUUCCGCCCAUUUGGACCCAAACAGCUAGCACCCAAUAGACGACGACGACUAUCUUGGAGCGUUCAACGUGAUUGGAGUGUUUUUUGUGCAAUCGAGGCCACUCGCUGUCAAUUGGUUCGGUUUGUUCCCGCAGAUAAUAACCAGUCGAAGAGCUUUAGUGUGAAGUGUGAAAAUAUUCUGGCUACUGAGAAAAGGCGCAUUCUGUGAAUUGAGUGAAAAAACGAAAAUACGAGUGACUGAAAAAAUAAUUCUGUUGAAGAACAUUUUCCUUGAGUAAAAGAAAACUUUCUGGAUAGUGACAACUUGUGCAGAAUAGUAUCGUUGGCGGCUCUGGGCGAAAACAGCAAAAGCAAAACCCUAUUACAAGCAUCGAUAUAAAUUAAGUAGAACCGGCACGCAUCUAGACUGCGCGAGAGGAUUACGUUAGGUAUACAAACAGAUCCAGUACCGACGUCAGCAUGGGUACUCUGCCACAGUUAGCCAUAGUCAAAGGACAGCAGCGUAGUUUGAUUCCGGCACUGCUGCAUCGGACUAUCGAGGCCAAUGUGGAUCGCUUUUGUGGAACAGAUACGGCACUGAUUUUCAACGACGACAUCCACGGUCGAAUUAAAACCAACUACAACGUACUGAAUUCAACGGCCAACCGGCUGGCAGUAGCAGCCAUUGACGAGAUCUCCAAACGUGGCAAACCGCAGCCCAACGGUGACGGCGACUACAUCAUAGCAGUUUGUAUGCAUCCAACCGAUCGUUUAGUGAGCACAUUGUUAGCCAUCUGGAAAGCUGGUGCCGCGUAUCUACCGCUGGAUCCAACUUUCCCCCCGAAUCGGAUCGAACACAUUCUGAAGGAAUCGCAACCAGCGCUGGUCAUCUACGAGGACUAUGACAAUGUUGCCGUGUUCGGCGAUACACCCGCGGUUUGGUAUCCUACGCUACGCAAAAAAGCAAGCGAUAUGAGCAACGGAAACAUCCUCCCAGCGCAGAUGUUGGGAGCGGGAAACAACGAACUGGCACUGGUACUAUAUACGUCAGGGAGCACCGGUGUUCCAAAAGGUGUACGGUUGAACCAUGCAACCAUUCUCAACCGCUUGCAGUGGCAAUGGAGCCGUUUUCCCUAUUCGGAAACAGAGAAGGUUGGCGUUUUUAAAACAGCUCUGACCUUUGUCGAUUCCGUUACGGAAAUUUGGGGCCCUCUUCUGAAUGGAAUGCCCAUUGUUGUAGUACCCAAAAAAAUCACCAACAAUCCGGAGCAGCUGGUCGAGCUGCUGGAAGAGUACAGGAUUGAGCGGCUUGUUCUAGUGCCCACGUUGCUGCGAUCGUUGCUUUUGUAUCUACCCAUGCAGAAGAAGAAAUUGCUGUAUAACCUGCGGAUCUGGGUUUGCUCCGGCGAACCGCUGCAAAUUUCUUUGGCCAAAGAGUUCUUUAAUUACUUCGAAGAAGGAGUUCACCAACUGUGUAACUUCUACGGUUCAACAGAAGUGAUGGGCGACGUAACCUACUUUGUUUGCGAGUCUAGAAAGCAGCUCAGCAACUUCGAAAAAGUUCCUAUAGGCUACCCUCUGGAUAACACUGUGAUAUAUGUACUAGAUGGAAAAUUGGAGCCAGUCAAACCGGGUGACAUUGGGGAAUUAUUCGUGUCCGGUUUAAAUCUGGCACAAGGCUAUGUUAACGGUCGCGAUCCGGAACGAUUCAUCGAUAAUCCGAUGGCAGUCGAUGUAACCUAUUCCAAGCUAUACAGAACCGGUGACUAUGCAUCGGUGAGCAAGGGAUGCAUCUAUUAUGAAGGACGAACCGAUUCUCAAAUAAAGAUCCGAGGCCAUCGGGUGGAUUUGUCGGAAGUUGAAAAAAAUCUACUGACUCUUUCCGGAAUCGACAAAGGAAUAGUGCUCUGUUACCAUGCGGGAGAACUCGACCAGGCCCUGUUGGGAUUUAUCACGGUUCGAGACGACUGCACGUUUCAGACUGGACUGCAGAUCGAGGGUGCACUCGAGAGUAAGCUGCCUCACUAUAUGAUUCCACAGGUUGUGAUUCUCGAUAGCAUUCCACUGCUGGUGAACGGCAAAAUCGACAGACAAAGUUUGCUGAAGAUGUACGAAAAUACCAAUAAUAAUGAUGACGCUACAAUCGAAAUCGAGUAUGACUACAGUGGCGUACCGGAGCACAAGAUGGCCAUGGCCAAGGAUUUAUUCACCACCGUCGGCGAAGUGAUCGGUCGCUCCACACGCACGAAAAUCUCGCUGCAGAGCAAUUUCUACGAGCUGGGCGGAAACUCGCUGAACUCGGUCAUCACCGUGACGCAGCUGUGCCAGAAGGGUCACGCGAUCAGCAUUACCAGCUUCAUCGGGGCGGAAAACCUAGAGGAGAUUUUGGAUAAGAUGUACAGCAACCAGCAGCACAUUGCCGAGCACGAUCAGAGUGGCAACACAGCGCAGGAAUUCGAGUUUGAGUACAAAAUGCACUUCACCGCUCAACCGUUGGCCGAUGAACACAAAGAAGACGCAAUCAACAUCUUAACGUACAGUUUCUAUGAAAAGGCCGAUCUUGAGCGAUGGAUUAAACCAUUAAUUAAGGAGCAAGACUAUCGGGAUAUUUUGGAGGACAUAUGGGAUGUGUUGAUUGAAAAACAAUUAAGCUUUGUGAUAAAGGACGCUAGCGGAAAGUCUGUGGGAGUUUCGUUGAACUUUGACGCUUACGACGAACCAGAACCGGAAAUGGUUAACAAUCUAGUGAUCAUAUUCGAGUUCCUGGAAUAUGUAGAAAAACCUAUAAGAGAGGAGAAGCUACCACAUGGAAAGAACCAAAUACUGCACUCGUUCAUGAUGGGAACGUGUGCCGAUCUGAGUGCUCAGGAAAACAUUGAGGCUAUGCACUUUAUGGAGAGUGAGGUUUUGAAGAUCGCCAACCGGCGGAACUUUGCGGGAAUUUUAACGACCAACACUAGUCCAUUGACGCAGCAGCUCGGUUCCAACGUGUACAAGUACGAAAGCAUGCUGGACUAUCAGAUCAACCAGUGGGUGUACGCAGACGGUUCGCGACCUUUCGGUAAGGCACCCAAUGAUCAGCGAGUAAUUGUGCACUGGAAGGACAUCCGGAAGCAGCAAUGAGUGGAAAGAUGCUAGAGUUUUACAAUUAAUAUUUAUCGGUUGCAUUGUAUUAUUAUUUAUAGACAGGGUAGCUGUGAAACACAAUACGAAACAAUUUGUCGAAAAGUGAUCAAAACUAAAAACAUUACAAAAGUGCACUGAAUUUUUUACAAGAAUUUAUAUACGGAUUAGUUGUAGGGCAAUUCACCUGCAUAAGUGAUAUAUUUUUAAGAGUUCGUACAAAGUAUGAAACAAAACAAUAAAAAACACAAGUGAUUAUGCGAAUAAA